CAAAGCUUAGAAGGGAGAACACCAUUACAACAGCUUGCAUUUGCUCUUUCCUUCUCUUCCACCUCCAGUAGCUUCAUUCCAAGGAUGGUGUGCCAUCUGAGAUCUGCGAGCGUGCCUUCGAGCCCUCGCUCUAAUGAGAUCCAUGUUGAGGAACAGCUGCAGAGCCUGAAGGCAGCCAUCUCAUCACCGUCAGUGACCAUCAAAACCAUGGUCGAUGGUCUGAGCAAGCUCGGGAGCAUCUACGACCGCAUUGAUGUGCUCACAUGCUUGCCCACCAGCCAGAGGAAGGCGGUGGAGGAAGAGCUCGAGCGCUCCCUCGUCCUGCUUGACCUCUGCAGCGUCUUGCAAGAGAGCUUCGUGGAGCUCAAGGCCAGUGUUCAAGAGAUGCAGUUGGCUCUCAAAAGAGGAGACGACGCGGCUCUCCAGACCAGGGUUCAGUGCUACGCGCGCUUGGUCAAGAAGGCACAGAAGCUGUUCAAGAAGUUCAACAAGAAGACUGCUUCUGACAUCGAAAGUUGCAGGGUGAUCAACCUUGUUGCUGAAGCGAGGGAGAUUGCUGUGUCAACCCUAGAAUCAACAUUGCAUCUCCUGUCAAAGCAAAUUGCAAUGCCAAGUUGUAGCAAGUGGUCACUUGUCUCUAAGUCUUUCCAAAAGAAGAGAGUCAUGUGCGAGGCGGAUCAAUUGCAAGGGCUGGAGCUCGGCUUCGUUGAUCUUGAGAACAGAGUUGGGACAUUGUUCAGGAAAUUGGUCCAGAACAGAGUGUCUUUUCUGAAUAUUCUUAGCUUGUAGACAAAUCAUACGACGACUCUGAACCCAUACGAUUAGCAUCCGCCUUUUAGAGGAUUUGCUGAUCAUACAAACAAUUUUGCAUGGCAGAUAUGUAUAUGUCAGAAAGUGUACAAAAAAUACUCAAAUGAGAGGCAAAGUUUUUGGCCCAUUUUCUUCUGGCA